AGAACCGAUUCGUUUACAAGUCGGACAUCGCCAGUCUCGAGUCCUACCGGUGUAACAGCGGCGGGCCGGAUUUGGUUUAUUGUGUUUUUUGUCGUUUUCGGUAAAUCUAAAGGCCGAGGACAGCUCGCGCAUACACGGUCUGAGUCCGGCUCUGCACCGCACCGUGCCCGGCCGCUCAGGCUCAUCUCACCGCCCCGCCUGUGUGGAACUCUCCCCCCGCUUGCCCAUGUUAAAGGCGCAGAGCGGCCCCGGUGGCCCUGGCGGCCGAAGACCGGCUAACGGCGCUCCCGGCCCCUCCGUGCCCGGUUCUGCCAACAGGACACCAGCCGGCAGAAAUCGUACUGUGAAGCCUCCUCUCCACACUUCUCAACAGGUGUUUGAAGGGAUCUACAACAAUGCUCGCAUGACCCACUUCCUCACGGCCGUUGUGGGCUCCACGUGUGACGUCCGAGUGAAGAACGGCACUCUGUACGAGGGCAUCUUCAAGACUCUCAGCUCACGGUGUGAACUGGCGGUGGACGCCGUUCAUAAGCGUGGUGAAGAGGAUGGAUCUCCAGCUCUUCCCAGGAGAGAAGAGAUUACAGACAUCAUGAUCUUUAGCCCUGCAGACGUCGUCACCAUGACCUGCCGGGACGUGGACCUCAACUAUGCCACCAAAGACACUUUCACCGAUGUGGCGAUCAGCUCUACCCGGGUGAACGGAGAGCACAAAGAAAAAGUGCUGCAGAGAUGGGAUGCUGGCGAUAGCAACGGAGAAAGCUAUGACCUGGAGACAGAUGCAUCCAAUGGCUGGGAUGCAAACGAGAUGUUCCGCUUUAAUGAAGAAACCUACGGCGUCAAGUCCACCUAUGACUCAAGCCUGUCCAUGUACACGACUCCUCUAGAGCGGAGCGGUUCAGAAGGGUAUAAGCAGCGCGAGGCCCGAGCAGCACGUCUUGCAAAUGAGAUCGAGGCCAGUGUUCAGUAUCGACACCGGGUGGCGCUGGAGAAUGAUGAUGGGAGGAGUGAGGAGGAGAAGUACAGCGCAGUGCUGCGAGAUGGAGGGGAGAGAGAGAGCCCUCGAGAAAGAGAGAGGGGACGGGACAGUCCCAGCAACGUCAACAGGGAAGGGAAGUAUAUCCCUCUUCCGCAGAGAGUGAGGGAUAUGGGUGGUCCAGGUGGUGGUGGGCGCGAUCGCGGAGGGCGUGUCAGUGGAGGUUUUGCUUCCAGUAGACCCACACCUGCCGGGUCCGGCCCCCGGCCCGCAGUACCCUCACCAGGACCGCAGUCCUCUCCCUCAGAGCGCAGCAGCCCCAUGAGCAACAGAACGGGCUUCUCCCCAAACACCCACACCAACGCACCCUCACCACGACCCAGUGACAGCUCCACCUUGGGCUCACCCAGCAGCCCAACAGCACCCGUCACUCACCCACACCCAUCUGUUCCGCACUCGCACUCCCUACCGCACGGCCUCUCUGACGCAGCAGCAAGACCUGUUAAUGGGGUAUCUUCCAGAACGUCUCCCAAGGCUCAGCGCCCCCUACAGACCAACAGAUCAGCUCGGACCUCCACCACCCACCUUCCCACUACAGCCUCUCGCUCUCCUAAAUCAGAUCCUGCAGCUGAUUCCUCCAGUCCUGGGGUUUCUUAUGUCGAUGCUAUGCCCCUUUCCAUGGCCAAGCAGAUGUCUUCAGGCCCAGCCCCUCUGUUCCCAGUCGAUGUGAAUGAGAUCCUGAGUGCAGCAGGAAAGGAUAAACCUCUGGAAAGCCCUUUGUGCAUAGAAGAAGCCAAGACUAAAGCACCUUCAGCACAGCAGCGCUCACAGAUUGAGGAGCUUCGGAAAUUUGGCAAGGAAUUCAGGCUGCAGCCCAGCCACACUUCUUCCAGUUCUACAUCAGCUGGUUUGACCCACCCUGGAUCUGUGAAACCUGCUUCACAGUCACCGAGUCCAGCGGCUGAACCCAAAGCCAGCCUGUCCCCCAACAUCACCCCCAGUCUGUCCCCUAACAUCACUCAAAAUCUGACACCCAGCCCUCAGCCCCAGCCCCCUGCCCUGGUGUCCCCAGCAGAGGACCCUUCUAAAGAGGGCGCUAUCCCACUAGUGCCACCCAUGGGAGGCCUUCCAAUUUCUGAAAGGCAGUCUGCAGGGACGCCCCAGCCAGCCAGGACCCCAGGAGCAGAGGUGGCUAGAACAGAGGCAGCAGUGGAGGGCGUGACUGAUCAAGUAAAGAAGUCCACUUUGAACCCCAAUGCGAAGGAGUUCAACCCUAACAAACCACCACUGGCACUGUCGAAACCCUCCACCGCCCCCACUCCUCCUCGCCCGAAUCCACCGAGCCAGUCUGUGGUCCUGCAACAUCCACCAGGACAAAACACCAUCUAUAACGCUCCGUACCUGAGCUACGUCUCUCAGAUACACUCAGUACAGGCCCCACAGAUGUACCAGUACGCCAUGUCUGCAGUCAACCAGGGCAAAUACCGACCCUCUAAAGGUUCUGUUGUUACCCAUCCUCCCCGGUCGGACCACGGCUCCUCAGCUCCUCCUGUGCUUCACGCGGCUCCAUCUGCAGCUGGAGCUUCACUGGUGCCCUCACCAUAUCCACAGUCCUACCUGCAGUACAACCCUCAGCAGUACAGCCAGCAGCAGGUCAUACAGGCCAUGAGUCCAUACGGACAGCCUAUGUAUUCUGUGCUGCAGAGUGGUGCCCGUAUGUUGGGGCAGAGUGGGGGUCACCCUCAAACUCUUGGACCACCCACAGGUCCGCAGUUUCCUGGGCAGAGUGAAGGCCCUCAAGGACCACAGCAAGGAUUAUAUGCUGCUCAGUCAUUCGCUCAUCAUUCAGGAUCUGUUCAUCCUCAGCCAUCGAGCACACCCACCGGCAACCAACCACCACCUCAGCACACAGCCCCCAGCCCUGGACAGACUCCUCAGUCUGGUCCUCAGUCUUUGUAUCACUCAGCUCCCACCCCGCCGAACCUGCCCCCGGGUCACUCCUCUCCCCAGGCCUCUUACUCUCUGCAGGGUUACGGACUGCAUGGUCACCAGCCCCUCACACACACCUACCCCACACUGGGGCAGCUUGCACAGGCUCAUGUUCCAGGCCCCAUGUCUGCUCCCCAUCACUCAGGCAAUCACGGCCCUCCACAGGUCGUCAUGCUGCAUGCCCCACCUCCUCAGGCCGGCCCUGGCUCCGCCCCACAGCAUCCGCAACACGGCCCCCAGCAGGGACCCGCGCAGCACUUCGCAUAUAUAGGACAUCCUUCAGCUGUACAGGUUCAGCCUCAUCCUUCACAGCAGAUUCCAUUCCACCCUCCAGGAAACUGAUAAUACUUUAAAAACUGAAACUCUGAAUCCCUGCUCCGCCUCCAGACCGUCGAGGAGACACGGACAUCGAGGGAAAGGGAACGGGUAACUGGGGGGGAACAAAGCCAGAACAGAAUUCCCCCUUUUCUCUUUUUUCCUUCUCUUUCACAAAGGACUGCCCUGUACGGCAACAGAGAAAAACAGAAGGACAAGGAAGAAACGCGAGGCUGAAGUCCCUCCUCUACAUCUGCAGAUUUUUGUUUUGUUUUGUUUUUGGAGACCCUCCAGCAUCAUCAGAUUUUAUAAAAGAAUCCACAUUUUAAAUAAGAAGACGCUAAUGCAGCCAGAAUCAGUUUUAGGUGCACAGUACCUUAGAGAUCUUCUGGACUUAGUUUCUGGAGUGACAAAGUGUAUAAAACUAUAAAAUAAAGAGAAUUCAGGACUUGGUGUUGGAAGGGUGGGGCGGAAAAACAGAUGCAUUGAUUGGGGGAUUAAAAACUUUUUACCCCUGCCCUGUAACUACCUGUAUACUCUCCUUUUCCACCUCAUCCCUCCUUACCUAGGGAAAACAAUAAAACAUGGAAAACAGUAAGAACAAAAAAGCAAAAAACCCAACAAUGACCCAAAAAAAAAUAAAAGUUUUAAACUUCA